AUGCAUAGUAACAGGGAGAAAAAAAAUAUAUUAAAAUUUCUUAUAAAACUUUUUACAUUUGUCCUUUUAAUUUUGAUAUUACCAUGUUCUAAUGAUUGGAAUUUCAUUAAAUCACUGAGUUAUAAAAAUGACUUAAAAAAAACAUUAAAUUUAGGGAUUAAAAGAUUUUUAGCACAAAAAGAUAUAAUAAAAGAAACAAGCAAAAAGCCAAAAUUAUGUGAUAUGGGAAUAACAAAAACAAAUUUAGAACAAAGAAACGAUCCAAACAAAAUAGAAAAGAAAAUGGAUAUAGAACAAGGAAAUGAAAUAGAGGCAAAAGAUGAAAAUAAAAAAGUAAAAUUUAAUCAGAGAAUUUUAGAAAAAUGCAAAAAUAAUUUAAAGCUAGUUUCCUCAUCUUUUGCCGUUUUCCUAUCAAUUUUUUCAUUUAUAUAUAAUGCAAUAGCAAUGAAUGUGUCUAUUAUAUUACCAAAUCUUGAUAUGGUGUUUGUUAGUAUAUCUCUUCUAAUAAUUUCAAUUAUUUUAAUACAGGAACGAAUCGAAAUAAAAUAUAAAAAUAAAUUUUAA